CAGAAAACAUGGUAUAGAAAUUUGAAAUUUUUCCAUUACCAACAAAAUGAACAUUUUGGAUAAAAAGAUCUUGAUAUUUUACGUAUYAUUAGUGGCGUGGAGUAGUUCAGCUGUUUGUGGCAUCAAAAGUCGUGUCUGUCAAAGCGGAAAAGCACAGUUUCUUCCAGAAACAGCGCAAGACACGACAAAGCGAUUAGCUGACUUACGAUCCUUGAUGAGUGACGUUAAACUAACUGGUCAAGAGGAUGGGGUGCAGGCAUACAUUAUACCAUCUUCUGAUCCACAUCAAACUGAAGAUGUUGCAUUAGAACACAAAAGGAGGGAGUUUAUAUCAGGAUUCACUGGGUCACAUGGAACGGCAAUCGUAACGAUCGACAAAGCAGCCCUGUGGACAGAUGGACGUUAUUUCUUACAAGCAGAGAUGGAGUUAGAUUGUAACUGGGAGCUACAAAAGGAAGGUCUUCCUUCUACACCAAAAUUCGGUCAAUGGCUGAAAAUGAAUAUUCCAGCCAACGCUAGUGUAGGUGUCGAUCCUUUUCUGCUAUCAGUCUGUGAUUGGGAAAAACUUUCUACGAAACUUCAAAGUCAAGACAUCAAACUUGUACCGAUAAAAGAGAAUCUAGUGGAUCGUAUUUGGACGUCACGGCCGACAGGGAACAAGAAACCAAUAUAUGUACUGGGACUUCACUUUACAGGUAAAUCCUGGCAAGACAAAGUACAAGAUGUUCGACKGCAGAUCCAAAAGAAGAACGCAACAGCCGUAGUACUACAAGCACUGGACGAAAUAGCUUGGACAUUCAGCCUUCGUGGACAUGAUAUCUCUUUUUCGCCAGUGUUUUUCUCUUACGCAAUUAUAACAUUAAAUGAAGCGAUAUUAUUUGUCGACAAGCAGAAAGUACCAAAGAAUGUCGAACAACAUCUCAACACUAAUCUCUGCAGCACUACAGCCUUCUGUGUUAAGAUUGAACCAUAUUCAUCCGUGCUGAACGUCUUGCAGCAGCUCGCCAAAACGUCAGCCAACAAAAUAUGGAUUACUCCCUCUUCUAGUUAUGCUUUACGGAUGGUAAUUCCUGAUGAUAAGUACGUCUCAGCAGCAUCACCUGUAGCCUUGCCUAAAGCAAUUAAGAAUAAUGUAGAGAUUCAAGGAAUGAAGAAUGCAAAUAUCAGGGACGGAGUCGUGAUCAGUGAAUUUUUUGCCUGGCUGGAAAGAGAGGUUCAAAACCAGUCACCUGAUUUGACAGAAAUAUCUGCCGAGGAACAACUUUUAAAGUUCAGAGAGCAGCAAGAAAAUUUUAUCAGUUUAAGCUUUGCAACAAUCGCUGGGUUUGGCGAAAACAGUGCUAUUAUCCAUUACAAGGCAAAUAACUUUACCAAGGUACAGAUUACUGACAAAGGUUUUUUCCUGUUGGACACUGGAGCCCAGUACAAAGAUGGUACAACAGAUACAACAAGGACUGUGCACUUUGGGACACCGAACCAGCAUGAAAUUGACAGUUAUACCCGAGUUUUGAUGGGACAUAUAGAUAUCGCAAUGGCCGUCUUUCCUAACGAUACUCACGGUCGUACUCUUGAUGUAUUCGCAAGGGAACCUCUGUGGAGAGUGGGGCUUGAUUACAGACACGGUACAGGACAUGGAAUAGGUCACUUUCUCAACGUACAUGAAGGACCUCAGUGUAUUUCCCCAGGAUUUCCAUUGGAAGACGAGCGAGUUCUGACCAAAGGAAUGAUUCUAUCUGACGAGCCUGGUUACUACGAAGAUGGUCAGUUUGGAGUGAGAAUUGAAACAGCAGUUUUAGUAGAAUCUGCCAACACUCCCUUUAACUUCAACAAGCUUGAAUACCUCAAAUUUGAACCAAUUGCUUUAGUUCCCUUUCAAAGAAAGCUCAUCAAUACGUUGCUGAUGAAGCCUUCACAGAUUGCAUGGUUGAAUGAGUACCAUUCUCGGACACGUACUCUAAUAGGAGCUGAAUYAAAGCGACAAGGAAAGAUACAGACUCUACAGUGGGUGAUAAAAGAGACACAAGCCAUUCCAUUGCCUGAUUAUAAAUCUGUUACGAUUAGUUAAUGAUGUUGGUAUAGGUAAUCAUAUGGUUUGGAGUACAAUUAGGAUUUAAUUUGCACAAGGGGUUUUUCAAAGAGCUUCAAAAUAGCAGGAGCAAAUUAUAAUUUUUCUGCUCUGGUUAACUGCACCGCACUCAGCUAAUCAGAAUUGAGUAACUUAUUCAUGUACAUGAUUAGAUCAGAUAUGUUAGCUAAUGUUGGGGCGUUUAGCACAUAUUGAUAUGGUGAUCCAUUAGGGACGUGCUGCAAGUUAAACGAGUUGCUGCAAAUAAGAAACGAGUUGCUGCAUCUUAGACGAGAUGCUGCUACAAAAAACAAAGGAGUUGCUGCAAAUAAAAAAGUACCAUAUGAACAGAAAUUAUAGCAACAUACAAAGAGAAAUAUUGGGAUCAAAACUAAGUGGAAUCAGUAAAAGAUCUUGUCAGUAAACUGUUCCCAGUUAGCAACUCGUCUAACUUGCUGAAUGUCCUUAUGGGUUAGGGUUAAGCGAACAUGUGAGAAGAUUCUAAACUGGGUUUUGUAAGAAAAAUUAAAAGCAAUUUCUAGAAGCAACGCAUUCAGCAAAAAAAAACAACAACCACAAAGGAAAACAGACAGACAGACAAACAAACAAGCAAGCAAACUAUACCUGUACAGGUUACAAACAAAUAAAAGAAAAUGUUAAAAGACAACGACAAUAGCAACUCUAGCAUUAUAUGCAAGAUUAUAUCUUAUCGAGUAGUGCUAUAGAUCACAAUACUUACGCUUAAUGUAUAAARAGUGUCCUUUUUGGACGGACAACAUUUUUUGAAAUAGGUAACAUAUAUAUUGAAUAUAAUAUCUUAUAUAUUCUAUUUCCUGGCUAAAGCAAGCAUGCUUAAAUAAAGUAAACCGCUGGCCGGUACAAAUUGGGGCUCGUGAGUUUGUAUAUAAAGUUUUUAUUUCAUUUACAUGAAGAAGGAAGCUGUAAAGAUUGAUUUGAAUAAAGCAAUGCUGACAAAUGUGUCAUUAAACAGAGAAAAUGGCUGAACAACAGUAAAUGUAACAAAUGGCGUACAAAUA